GUAAACUUAUUUGGGAUACAUUGUUAUGCAUAAAAUGAUACAAAUGUAUAAUAGUAAUUUGCCAUACUGUACUGUAGAUUUAGUUAUAUUUUGACUGAUAACUCAAGUCUUCCAAGUGCCCGGACCGCCUCUUGCUCCUCGGUCACGCCCAAACAGAGUGCGCUCAGAGCGGCUAGUGGCUGGAGAGGAGAUUAGUCCCGCAUACAGGCGUGGCUCUCUCCCUCUGGUAGCUGCCGUUAGAACUAACCGAAGGUUAGAAUGGAACAGUCCAGUAAUCUAGAGAGAGACGGAGAGAGAGAGUGAAGCAAACUAGGAUGAACAGUCAGUUGUCUAUCUAGUCUGUGAGUUUUGUCGCAGUGGAAUAGACGUGCACUUGUAUUGUCAAUGCUUGCACCGCUCACCAUUGUAUGUGAUUAUAAACUAUCUAUUUUAGAUUUGUAAACUUGUAGCAAGAUGUCAGAAGGUGUGUGGAGGAAACGCGCCCUCUCCACGGCUGGAGGAGCCUCGUUCACCUGCCUCGUGAUGAUGUUUCUUCUCGUCGCCGUUAUCAAACACCGGGGGACUCUCGUGGAGGAAGGUUCCACCGGGAGAGAGUUCGGGACUCGCUCCCUGCAAAGUCUAAACAGCAUGAAUAAUAAUGACAAACCCGUUAACCAAGCUCCAGCCGAGGAUCGGGUCGGGGAGAAAUGUCAGGCGACCCAGGUCAAGGGUUUCUCGGCGUACUUCAGUGAGUUGAGCCGGGGGAAGCGGGCGGUGGAGCACAGAGCGGUGAAGGCUCGUGAUCCUACACCGGUGGAGGAGCUCAGUCCGGCGGAUGUGUUCAUAGCGGUGAAAACCACCAAGAAAUAUCACCACACCAGGCUGGAUCUACUGCUGGACACAUGGAUCUCUACAAACAUGCUACAGACGUACGUAUUCACCGAUGGAGAGGAUGACAGGCUGAGGAAGAGGAUGGGGAGUCACAUGAUCAAUACGAACUGUUCAGCGGCCCACAGUCGCCAGGCUCUGUCCUGUAAAAUGGCCGUCGAAUACGACACCUUCAUCAGCUCUGGAAAGAAAUGGUUCUGCCAUGUGGAUGAUGAUAACUACUUGAACAUACGUCCCCUUGUGAAGCUCCUGUCUCACUACAGCCACGCCCACGACGUCUACAUUGGCCGGCCUAGCCUCGACCGACCGCUAGAAGCCACCGAGAGGUUUGGCGACUCCCACACGCGUCCAGUGCGUUUCUGGUUUGCCACAGGAGGAGCAGGGUUCUGUUUUAGUCGAGGUCUCGCCCUCAAGAUGAGCCCCUGGGCCAGUGGAGGUAAUUUCAUGACAACAGCUGAUCGUAUUCGUCUCCCUGACGACUGUACGGUUGGUUACAUCAUCGAGGCGUUGCUAGGGGUGGGUCUUAUCCGCUCCCCACUGUUCCACUCUCACCUGGAGAACCUUCAGCUGGUGUCACUGACACAGAUACACCACCAGGUGACUCUGAGUUAUGGAGCGGUUGACAGUAAGAGAAACAUAAUCAAUGUAAGAGGAGCGCUCUCAUUGGACGAAGACCCUACCAGGUUCAGGUCUGUCCAUUGUGUCUUAUACCCAGACACUCCGUGGUGUUCAGCCCUGACCUGGUACUGAGGUACUGACCCCACCAGUCCAGAGACACGGAAAGAGGGGAGAAGACGAGAGAUGGAGCAAAGACACGGAAGGGGGCGAUGGGCAGAGAAGAGAAGUGGAGAAGAGAGACAUUGAUUAAUAAUGGAUAGACAGAGGAGAGAACAGGAGAAGAGAGACUAGAGAUAUUGAUGAAUGGAUAGACAGAGGAGAGAAGUGGAGAAGAGGGACUAGAGAUAUUGAUGAAUGGAUAGACAGAGGAGAGAAGUGGAGAAGAGGGACUAGAGAUAUUGAUGAAUGGAUAGACAGAGGAGAGAAGUGGAGAAGAGGGACUAGAGAUAUUGAUGAAUGGAUAGACAGAGGAGAGAAGUGGAGAAGAGGGACUAGAGAUAUUGAUGAAUGGAUAGACAGAGGAGAGAAGUGGAGAAGAGGGACUAGAGAUAUUGAUGAAUGGAUAGACAGAGGAGAGAAGUGGAGAAGAGGGACCUCGUGGGACGACACUGGAUCUCUCCGUCACUGGAUCCUUAUGCCCUCUAGCCCUUGACCUCUAACCCCUAGUCCCUCCCAGAGAGGCCUGGUGGUGGGGGAAGAGAUGAGCGCGACGUCGUUGUGAAGUUGCUGAUUGCAGAUGGCUCUGUGUGUUGCAGCUCUAACAGAGAGCCUCUGUUUUAAGGCUGUUGUGUCGCUCCGCUUUGUAGCCUGAGUUCCAGUCUGUUUUUGUGCUGUCAUCAACUCCUUGUCACGAACUCAAUGUCACGUUUGUCUCGUCCACGACAGCGAUGUAGUUGGCAUGGUAACACAAACAGAUCUGGGACCAGGCUAUCUAUUUUGUGAGUAGAAGUUGUCAUUUUUUUUUCCCCCCCUUGGUUGCUAAGGAGAAUGGUUCUACCUCCUCUUUGGUGUUCAGCAUUCCUCUUCCUGCAUCUUGGUUGCUAAGGAGAAUGGUUCUACAUCCUCUUUGGUGUUCAGCAUUCCUCUUCCUGCAUCUUGGUUGCUAAGGAGAAUGGUUCUACAUCCUCUUUGGUGUUCAGCAUUCCUCUUCCUGCAUCUUGGUUGCUAAGGAGAAUGGUUCUACAUCCUCUUUGGUGUUCAGCAUUCCUCUUCCUGCAUCUUGGAGGCUGAAGGAUAAAAGGAUUUUCCUUUUCAAUAUUCUUCCCCAUAUUAACGUUUAUUGUGGAUUUAAAAAAAUAAUAAUAAUAACGUCAACAGACUCCGGAUCUCUACCAGACCAGUGAAGUGGUGUGUUUUACUGCCUGUUGUAUUAUCUUGUUAUUCCAUCAGACAGCUGUCAAUCAGACCACAGUAAUAAUGACUUGGAGUUGGAUGGUGACCAAGCACUUUGCUGUCUGAAGCACCAGGGACUGUGUACAUAAAGCAGGUCUCAGAAUAGGGCUGCCGGUCUGGGAUCAGGUGCCCUCUCUUAUUCAUUACAAUCUAAAAGGACAAACUGAUCCUAAAUCAGCACUCUUACUCUGACAUUCUUUAUGAAUAUGGUUCCAGAAAUCCCAUGGGGGGGGGGGGGCAAAACAUUUAAACCCAACAUCCUACUGUAUUGAAGACAGACCAUGCAUUUUGUUACCAUGACGAUAUAUAUCUCAUGUACAUUUGUAAACAGAGGAAUGUAGAAGGAGUAGAACGGGCCUCCCUAUUCAUGUCAACGGCGUCAUAAUGGGCAGACAGGCAGCCGUUCUAGUUCUAUGUUUAGUAGUGGAAUCCUGAGGCAUGUUGGGAGGGAUCAGAGAGGUGGAAACAGAAAUAGAAUGACUAGAACAGUCUCGGAACCUUUAAGCCUGGUCAUUUGACUCGUGGGUCCUCUCACAUUGGCCGCCAGUCCACCCAUCAUGCCGUCAUAAUGGACCUGUUCUAUGGACCCGGGCCAUGGAUUGUUUUUGUAUGAGCGGAACACGUACAUGUUCUUAAUAAGUGUUCUGAUGACCUCUCUCUCUCUCUGUGAGGUAAUAAUUGACCCAUAAUGGGUUUCUGAUUGGAGAUUGUUUAUGAGAAGAGCUCCUCCUGGACUGGGCCUCUAUAGACCUGUUCUGUUUUGACCACUGAACAUCAUCUGCUUCAGUCAUGUGUUUUUAUGUUAUUCUUUUGAUCAGGACGGUUUCUGAUUGGGAUUUUACUGUGUUGUUGUUGUUGUCGUUGUUGUCUUUGUUGUUGUUGUCUUUGUUGUUGUUGUCUUUGUCUUUAUUGUUGGAUGUAUUCUCCAGUAUCUGGAGGAUAGAAAGACAGCAGUAUCUCAAGGGAUUUGAACGCUGAAUAUAUUGCCUUUUGUCUCACCACAGUGGUUGCUAUUCUCUGCUUUUUUAAUAAAGCCUAAUAAUGCCUUA